UUAUUCACUUCAUCUCCUUCUGAUCAGAUCCAGACUCAAGUCUUCUUCAGCCUCCAGGUGCUCAGAGACACUGACCUGAUUCAGCCUCCGAGGUCUGGAUCGUGUUUUCCUAUUAAUCGGAAUCAGAGUGGGACAUUUCCCAAAUUCCGAAGAACUAAUAAUCUGGUACUUCUGGGUGAUUCUCCUCCCAUGAGACUUCAACUUUUGGUCUCGGCGCAGGUCGCAGCUGGAGGACGGUUCUGGUCUAAUUAUAUGUCAUCUCAUUAAAUGUCCGUGUGCGUUCAUGUGGUCUUGAGAAAAUGUGUCGCCUUAUGAGUUUGUGUAUGUGUGUGUUUGUGUGUGUGGUGGUCGUGAUGGCCAACUUUCCUUCGAGAUAAGGACAGGAUAGGGGUUGAGCAAUCUGACCACGACUCCUCUCUCUCUCUCUCUCUCUCUGGGCUGAACGGAACUUCCUUCCUGACUUGGACCAGCGCGAAAACAAACACCGCGAGGAAUGUAUAAAUGCGCAACUCUGUUUCGGCUUCGGAUCAUCGAUUGGAGCCGUUCGAUACACCCGGAGGUCACAGUUAGAAGUCACCCUCACUCCGCCGACAUGAAUCUCGCGACUCCGGCUCUGAUUUUCUGCGCGCUGCUCCUGCAGGAAGCUGCCGCCUCCCGGCGCGCCAGCUGCUCCGCGGGUCUCUGCUGCUUCCAGCACUCGGCAGACUUUGAAGCCGCGGCGAAAGCCUGCGAAGAGUCGAGCGGACAGUUGAUCCGGUCCGUUUCUGACGAGCAGAUGGGCGCGUUGGAGCGUCUGGUGAGAACGUUCACGGGGAGGUUCUGGUUGCGCGGUGGUACGAACUGCACCGCCGUCUCCGCGGGGAGCGGGACCGGAGUCUCGCUGGGGCUAGAGCCGUGCCGAAACACCCUGGACGGAUUCUUGUGUCUGUACGAAUCCUCUUCGGUCUGCGGAGCCGUUCGGAGUGGCGGAGGCACGUCGGUUACGUACAGAACACUGACGGGCUUUGACGUGUUGGAGUCUGAGACGUUUCCCCCGGGGACCCUGGCCCUGGUGGGACGGCUCGGCGAUCAGUACCCGGACUCCAAGCACCUGUGCGAGUCCACGUGGUUGCAGUCUCCGUGGCCCUGCGAGGUCUUCCAGGGCGGCUGCGAUUACAGCUGCAACAAAACCUCCAACACCUGCACGUGUCCGGUCGCGCGCUCUCUCCAUCGCAACAACUUCUCCUGCACGGAGCCCACAGCUGCCAGACCCCCGCCUGAGACCCCGCGCUGCCCCGAGGGCUACAAGCCGGCGGCGGACGGCGGACGCUGCGAGGACGUGAAUGAGUGCGCGGAGGCGCUGGAUCUCUGCGCGAACGAGGGAGAGCAGUGCGUCAACCUGGACGGGAAGUACGAGUGCAGGUGCGGGGACGACUUCGUGGAGGAGGACGGCGGCUGCGUCAACACGUCGAUCUGCAUCUUGUGCGAGCACAUGAAGUGCGACAAGGUCAGCGGGGUGUACCAAUGCGCGUGCAAGGAGGGGUACCGGGUGUCCCCCAAAAACCCCACCGAGUGCGAGCAGGUCUGCAGCCAGAGGGAGUGCCCUGCGAUCUGCAGCAGCAAUACGGCGCCGGAGAAGAAGGACAUGCAGCAGUGCUACUGCCCCCAGGGCUACAUCGUGGACCUCGAGGGCUCCGCCACCUGCUACGACAUCGACGAGUGCGAAUCACAGGCGCUCUGCGACCACGAGUGUGAGAACCUGCCCGGUGGGUUCAGGUGUGUGUGCAGGAAAGGCUACCGGCUGCAGGGGACUGACAAGUGUGUUCGUCUGCAGCAGGGAGGGGAGGAAGAGGAGGAGGAGAGCGCAUCGGGGUCGCCUCCUGAUCUUGCCAGCACGCCGGUCAGCCUCCAACCGGCCGCCGUGCCGUCUUACAUCAAGGCCGGCAGCGUCCUGGGCAUCGCCGUGUUCCUGGUGCUGUGCGCGGCGCUGCUGGCGUGCGUGGUGAAACACGCGUCCAGACGCUGCGUGUCGCUGAACCUGAACUCCUUAAAACACCCGGACAUCGAUAUUUUCUACCUGCAGCAGGUCUCAACGGAGACCUACAAGAGAUUAUCGUUCGAUAAGCAGUUUAAGAACGACUCGCAAUGAGUCUGAGCGGCGAUGAGCCGAUCAGAUGCCCAUACCGAUGUCCGAUUUGUUCGAUGUUUCGAUUUUUCUCUCAAAACAUAAAACCCAACUGUGCUUCAGAUGAAGGAAUUACAAAACUCCAAGGCACAAAACCCGAUUUUUUUUAUUUUUAUUUUUUAUAAAAAUGUAAAAGAAGACAUCAUAUGUUUAUGGACCAAAAUGAUGAUUUUUGGUUAUUUUUUGAGCUGCGAAGCAUUUAAUGCUAAGAAUUGCAGCCUAUUAUUAAUUAGAGAAAAUCAGUGUGUUUUGAUCGGUGCAUCCAGGUUUGUCCUUGGAGAUGGAAAAUAUCCUGAGGCCACAUUAUGUUUAAAAAAAUUUAAAUCAAAAUUUAAGUGAGAAAUGAAAACAGCUUUAAGAUUUCUGUAUUUGGUUUUUUAAACAGAACUAAAACUAAUUCUGUCCUAUUACAAAAAAAAAAAUCUUAAAUUAGAUCAGUUUAGUCAGGUACUAUACAGUUUCCAACAUUUCCUGAACAUGCAACAUUCUGUGCAUGUAUUUGCUGCAUUUCUCUAGUUUAUUCUGCUUUAAUUGUCUGACGAAGUUACAUCUAAUGUAAAGCUAAAACCAGAUCGAGACUGGAUGUGACUGAAAAAGAAAGAAAAAAAAAGAGCUGCCUGAUUUAUGGACCUCUGACACCGCAGAUCUUCUCAUUGGGAGAGAAACGCAGCGUGGAAAUCGGGCGGACUGAUGACUGGCGAGUCUUAAAUAUAAAGUGGUAUUUAUGUUAACAGUUAAAUGAAAGCUGGACUUCAGGUUUUUAAUGACCUGAAUUGUGUAAAAAAAUAAAAAAAAGACUGUGUGACGAACGAACUGUGAAAUGACUGUCACUGACUAAACCACUUAGCGUUAGCGUUAGCAUGGUUUGUACACUGCUACUCAUAACCUCACUGUACCAGGCUGAUUCUCACCGGUCAGCUUCAUAUGAAUGUAAAAACUGUGCUGCUAUUACAUGUAUUACAGUUGUAUACAUCUGUACGACAAGCCUUCUUGUAUAAAAUUAUGGUUUACUGUGUAUUUGUUUUCUAGGUUAUUAUGCCAAAGCAGACCAGUUCAUAGUUUGCUGUCGUCCAAACGAAUAUUUGGACGACAGCAAAAAAAUAAAUAAAAAAUUCCCCAGUAAUUCUUAUGAUUAUUAUUUUUUUUUUUACCUUAAUUAGUCAUUUUUACUUCCAUAGAAAAAAGUCUCAUCGCGUUCGGCACCAUGGAUGUUUUCCUGUUUGAAGGUCGUCCUUAAGCUUAUUUUCUGACUUGUUCUUAGAUGAUUUAUUGAACUCAACAUUUUCAGUAUGAGUUUUUUUUUUUACCACUAAAAUUGUUUGUAAAUCAAUAAAUAAAAAGGGAAUAAAGAUGCAAAGUUCACAGAA